GUUUAUACGAUGUACGGACUCUUAUCGUGUAGUGAGAGCGCGGUUCCAACAUUUCUACCUGCAUUGGUUCUCCGUUUUGAUUACCAGUUUGAAGUCGCUUGAUUCCUCGAAUUUUAAUCAUGGCGGUAGGAAAGAAUAAGCGCUUGGCAAAGGGAGGCAAAAAAGGUGGAAAAAAGAAGAUUGUUGAUCCUUUCUCUCGAAAGGAUUGGUAUGAUAUCCGUGCCCCUUCGAUGUUCAAUACGAGAACCAUUGGAAAAACUAUUGUCAACAGAACCCAGGGAACUAAGAUCGCAUCGGAAGGUUUGAAGAACCGCGUUUUUGAGGUCGCGCAAGCUGAUAUUCAUAAUGACGACAUUGGAUUCCGUAAAUUCCGGCUGAUGUCGGAGGAUGUCAGUGGGAAGAAUGUCUUGACAAAUUUCCAUGGAAUGACUUUAUCUACGGACAAGAUUCGCUCCAUGGUCAAAAAAUGGCAGACAUUGAUCGAAGCCCACACCGAUGUUAAGACCACUGAUGGAUAUUUGCUGCGCGUCUUUGUCAUCGGGUUUACCAAGAAGCGCCAGAAUACGCUCCGAAAGACUUGCUAUGCGCAAAGUUCGCAGGUCAAAGAGAUUCGAAAGCGAAUGAUCAACAUCGUGACUCGAGAAAUUUCCUCCAGCGAUCUGAAGGAAGUUGUUAACAAGCUUCUGCCAGACUCCAUCGCGAAGGAUAUUGAAAAAGCAUGCCAGACGGUUUAUCCUUUGCACGAUGUUUAUGUGCGAAAAGUCAAAGUUAUGAAGAAACCCAAGUUUGAAUUGAGCAAACUGCUCGAAAUGCACGGAGAAGGUGGCAAAGGUGCCACAGUGACCACGAACGCCGAAGGGGUAGCCGUUGAGAGACCGGACGGAUAUGAACCACCUGUGCUUCAAAAUGUUUAAUAAUUUUGUGGUUGGGAAAUUGUCAUACGUUUCGGGAAAUUUGCAGAUGAAAAAUAAAAUAACACGCUGAA